UUCAUUCAUUCCACAAAGUCCUGGCGCGGGAGCUGCCAGAACCCGGCAGGGACGUAGACCCCUCCUUUGCCCCGCUGGUGGUCUAGUCCGGGGCGCGUGGGGUAGGGAAAUCAGAAAUCAGACACGAGUGCUCCCUUCGGCAGCACAUACAGAAAUCAGACAAGAAUGGCCGGGCGCGGUGGCUCACGCCUGUAAUCCCAACACUUUGGGAGGCCGAGGCGGGCAGAUCACGAGGUCAGGAGUUCCAGACCAGCCUGACCAACAGGAUGAGACCCCAUGUCUACUAAAAACACAAAAAUUAGCCGGGCAUGGUGGCGCGCGCCUGUAAUCCCAACUACUCGGGAGGCUGUGGCGGAAGAAUCGCUUAAACCCGGGAGGCGGAGGUUGUAGUGAGCCGAAAUCGCGCCACUGCACUCCAUCUAGCCUGAGCCACAGAGCAAAACUCCGUCCCCCCUCCAAAAAAAAAAAAAAAAAAAUCAGACACGAACAAAUCCUGCAGAGAUCACUGCAGCUUCCUUCCCCCCCCAACCCCCGGCCCCACACCUCUUGAGAUUGCAUCUCGCUCUUGCUCAACCUGGAGUGCAGUGGCGCAAUCACGGCUCUCUGGGCUCAGGUGAGUCUCCCACCUCAGCCUUCCCAGUAACUGGGACCACAGGCACGCGCCAUCACGCCCGGCUAAUUUUUUUUUUUUUUUUUUAGACAGAGUUUCUGCUCUGGUUGCCCAGGCUGGAGAGCAAUGGCACGAUCUUGGCUCACCGCAACCUUUGCCUCCCGGUUCUAGCGAUUUUCCUGCCUCAGCCUCCGGAGUAUCUGGGACUACAGGCGCGCACCACCAGGCUAAUUUCGUAUUUGUAGUAGAGACGGGAUUUCUCCAUGUUGGUCUGUCUGGUCUCUUAACUCCUGACCUCAGGUGAUCCGCCCGCCUCGGCCUCCCAAAGGGCUAGGAUUACAGGCGUGAGCCACCGCACCUGGACAUUUUUUUAUUUUAUGCAGAGACGGGAGUCUCACUAUAUCGCCCAGGUUGGACUGGGCACUGCAGCUUUCUUAAAGGCCUGAGGGGGUCUAACAGUAACCACAUAAAAAUAGGGCGGGCGCAGUGGCUGACGCCUCUAAUCACAGCACUUUGGGAGGCAGAGGCAGGUGGAUCAGGAGGUCAGGAGUUCAAGACCACCCCGGCCAAAAUGAGUGAAACCCUGUCUCUACUAAAAUUCCAAAAUUUAGCCGUGCCUGUUGUUGGUGCCUGUAAUCCCAGCUACUCAGCAGGCUGAGGCAGGAGAAUUGCUGGAACCCCGGAGACUGAGGUUGUGGGGAGCCGAGACUGUGCCAAACUGGGCAACGGAGCAGGACCCCGUCUCAAAACAAACAAACAAAAACCAUAAAAAUAAUGUGCUCGCCAGGCGCGGUGGCUCACGCCGGUAAUCCCAGCACUUUGGGAGGAUGAGAUGGGCGGAUCACCUGAGGUCAGAAGUUCGAGACCAGCCUGACCAAUAUGGUGAAACCCCGUCUUAAAUAGUAAUAAUAAUAAUGUGCUCUAGCCAGGCGCGGUGGCUCAAGCCGGUAAUCCCAGCGCAGUGCGAGGCCAAGGAGGUCGGAUCGAUUGAGCCCCCGAGUUCGAGACCAGCCUGGGCAAGGUAACCAGAUUCUGUCUGUACAAAACAUAAAUUAGCUAGGUGCGGUGGUGUGGGCCGCCUCUAGUCCCAGCUACUCAGGAGGCUGAGGCCGGAGGAUCGCUUCAACCCGGGAGGUUGAGGCUGCAGUGAGCUGUGAUCGCACCACUGCACUCCAGCCUGGGUGACACAGUGAAAAUAUUUAAUUUUCUCUAAAAUAAUACUAACAGUAUGCCUUUUAAUUUGUACCUUAGGAAGUAGUUACAUAAUAAAAUGCGGACUCGUUAUCUCCACUUUGCCAAGUAGGAAACGAAGGAUCGGGAAGAUGAGGUGAGUCCCCCAUGUCACCGCGCUGUCUCAGCGGUGCAGUGGACACUCAAGCUCUGUUCUCUCCUAAGCCCAGCGCCCGUCACCCUCGCUGAGUCUGGACGUCCGCCCGCCUGGCGCAGCGACCCCAGCCUCCAGCGCCCUCCUCUGACUAGGCUGGGAUUCGCACGCCCGCGCGCGUCUGGGACAGGGUCUCUGCCCCUCCCCCGGGGCGGUGGUCCAGUGACGUCACCGCGUCUUUAAGACCCCCCCGCCUCCGCCCCUUUCCGGACACUCGGCUUAGGAAUUUCUCUUAUCCCUUUCGCAGUGCAGCUCCUUCACCCCCGCCAUGGCCUCUGCCGGAAUGCAGAUCCUGGGAGUCCUCCUGACAAUGCUGGGCUGGGUGAAUGGCCUGGUGUCCUGCGCCCUGCCCAUGUGGAAGGUGACCGCCUUCAUCGGCAGUAGCAUCGUGGUGGCCCAGGUGGUGUGGGAGGGGCUGUGGAUGUCGUGCGUGGUGCAGAGCACAGGCCAGAUGCAGUGCAAAGUGUACGACUCGCUGCUGGCGCUGCCGCAGGACCUGCAGGCCGCUCGAGCCCUCUGUGUCGUGGCCCUCCUUGUGGUCCUGCUCGGCUUGCUGGUCUACCUUGCUGGGGCCAAGUGUACCACCUGUGUGGAGGACAAGGACGCCAAGGCCCGCCUGGUGCUCAUCUCUGGGAUUGUCUUUGUCAUCUCAGGGGUCCUGAUGCUCGUCCCCGUGUGCUGGACAGCGCAUGCCAUCAUCCGGGACUUCUACAAUCCCCUGGUGGCUGAGGCCCAAAAGCGGGAGCUGGGGGCCUCCCUCUACCUGGGCUGGGCAGCCUCGGCCCUUUUGUUGCUGGGUGGGGGGCUGCUGUGCUGCACUUGCCCCUUGGGGAGGUCCCGGGGCCCCAGCCAUUACAUGGCCCGCUACUCGCCAUCGGCCCCUGUCGGCUCUCGGGGGCCCUCUGAGUACCCUACCAAGAAUUAUGUCUGACGUGGAAGGGAGUGGGGGCUCCGCUGGUGCUAGAGCCAUCCGGAGGUGGUGGUGCCCAACAGCUUUGGGAUCUUUUGUUUCUGCUUCCUCCUGCUGUCCUUUUGACUGAGGGUAUUUAAAGUCCAUUGAAAGCAACCCAGAUGACUCAGGCUCCACCCGGGCUCUGCUGUUUCUCACCUUGGGAUGAUGGAGACAAAGAGGGGAUGCUUUGAGAUUCUGGAGCCUUCUCCACCCUAGAGGUGCCCAUCUUAGAAGCCAGUCGAGCUGUGGAACUAACGUGGAGGCUGCUUGCUGUGCUGGCCUUUGGGGCAAGACGGACUGUCCUCAAGAGUUCCUGCUGCUGCUGGGAGCUGGGCUUCCCUAGACUUGCCAGGACAGCCACCCCUCGAGCCUGCUCAGGCCUCUGGAGCCCGUCUCUUCACCCCUGGGAGAGCAAGUGAUCUGCCAACAAAGGACUACCCUCCUCCAGAACUUGGGACCUUCUCUGUCCUGAUAGAACGUCCACACCUCCGAAGGUCCCAGCUGUGUAGACCCCCUACUCCCACCUCCAAUACUGUACCCUUCUGCCCUGCCCAUCCUGCCCUGUUACGCUCAUGUUUUUUACCAAAUAAAGCAUGUUUUGUUGGU